CUUUCAUUCAUAAAAAGGCGAGGCGCGGGCGGUAUGAGGAACGGCGGAGGGGACGCGGCUCUCCCGCCAACCCGCGGCCGCGGCGGACGCCAGUGCGGAAUGUAUCGGCAAACGAAACGGUCGUUUCGUCGGAGCGUAGCGCUAACGCUCCCGGUUUUCGUUUAAAAUGUGUAUAAGAAUAAGUGCAGUGAACCCGCACGAGUUCGGAACGGAUACAAAAAACAUCGUCGUCGAGAUUCGGAGUAGAAAUCAACGAAGAACUUCAGCGAGGAAGUGGGGACGAUGAGGGAACAAGAAGGCGACGGCCCGGAGAGCCGUUAGCCGGACUCGAUGGAUGAGUAUGGCGGACCGGCGCCGCCCCGGCCGCCCAAGCCGGCCGCGCGCGCGCCCCGGGCGCCGGCGGCGCGCGAGCCCCGGCCGCCGGGCCGCGCCGUGUCCCUGCUGCGGCCGCGGCCCGAGGCCGAGCGCGAGCGCAACCCCUACGUGGAGGCGCCGUGCCGCGCGCCGCCCGGCCGCGCCGCCGCCGCGCCGCUCAAGCCGGUGACCGCGCAGCCGGCCGCCGCGCCCGACAAGCGGCGCGCGCCCGCCGCCGACUCCAUCGUGUGCGGCUCGUGCGGGCGCUGCCGCUGCGAGCAGUGCGCGCGCCCGCGCCCGCUGCCGCAGCGCUGGCUGUGCGGCUCGUGUCUGUGCAGCGCGGAGGCGUGCGUGGACUACGCGUCGUGCAUGUGCUGCGUGAAGGCGCUGCUGUACCACUGCGGCAGCGGCGAGGAGGAGGCGGGCGAGCCGUGCGCGCGCGGCGGGCGGCUGGCGUGCGUGUCGGCGCUGGCGCUGCCGCUGCCGUGCCUGUGCCUGUACUGGCCGCUGCGCGGGCUGGCGGCGGCGGGCGCGGCGCUGUACGCGCGCUGCCGCCGCGCCGGCUGCCGCUGCCCGGAGCCGCCGCCGCCGCCGCUGUCCAGUAUUAUCUAGUCCCGCCGCCCGCGAGCGCCCCGACGGCCGGCAGAGGGCGCGCGCGCGUUGUACAAAUAUUUAUUGGCGCUCGGACCUGCGGGGUGGACUCAGUGUUGUGGUCCGGGUGAGUGAACGGCUCCCGGCAGUGUGAUCGAUACAGUACUUGUAAAUAUAGUUGUAUAGUGUGAAUGUACGUGAACGUGUCGCCCGAACGCCGAUAGUCUCAAAUUUUCUUGAGACCGAACGUGUCAUAAGAAAACGUUACGUUAGUAUUUUGGGUUUAAAUAAACCCGGAACAGAUUAAAAUGAGAUAUACAUAAAAGCAUACUUACUAAGAUGUAGAUAAUCUACCAUUUAUUUAUUAACUGAAUUUGUAUUUAUUUGUAAAUAAAAAACAAUUAUAUUAUAGAUACGAAUGUUUACUACA